AUGGACCUUCUUCGCCAAGGACUCCAGGACAUUUGUUGCACUUCGAGAUGGCACCCGACUAUCAAGGCACGACUCCCCAGACGCCGCUGGAACGAGCGUCUCCUCCCCGAAAAGAAGGCGAGACUCGAAGACGUCGACUUUGAGGUCGGCGAAACGCCCGCAGUCCUGGAGUCCUAUGACGAGGAAAUGGCCGUGCUCGUGUCUGAUCUACAGGGCUUCACUUCCACCGUACGAGCGUGUGGCAUCGUGCACUUCGCGAGCAUUAUCAUGCGAAAGCGCCAGCUGUGUUGGCCGAUUCUGACGAAGUACAGCGCUGUCAAAGUCACUACUGAGGCGGACAACCUCAUUGUGGCUUUCAGCGCUGUAAGCAGUGCGGUAAGGGCUGCUCUGGAAAUGCGAGAAGUCAUCCAUGCGUACAAUCGGUCCUUAAAGGAGGAUCGUCAGCACUUCUCCAUCCAGCUGAGCGGCAUCGGCGUGCAUGCCGGAAAGGGUCUUUACCUCAACGAGCAUGGGGAUCUACUUGGAGAAGUGGCUCGGGGUGCCUACUACCUUGGAGAGGAUCUCUGCGAAGAGUCCGCGAUCCUGGUGUCGCAGUCAGUGAGGUCCAAGCUUCUGGAUGAGCCUUUCUUUGCUCCGGCGGUGUUCCGAGAAGCGGGGGAGGAGCCCAACAGCAAGAUCAGAUAUUUCAGCUUGGAGGGCGACUUUGAUUUAGCAUUCGACUUGGUGCCCGCGGAUGAUCAGCGCUACUUGGCGCCAUCUUUGCUCCCCCUCGCCCAAAGACAUGGCGUGACUGGAGCAGAAGACCUGACGGUACUUGACCGUCUCAUCGGGCAGCACUUCAAACCUUGCACCGUUCUCAUGUUUCGGGGUGAUCUGGGCCCGGAUGCGGCGAGGACGGUGCAGCUGACCACGCCCAUAUUCCAGAGCUUCAGCGGCCAGAGCCUCGAGGCUGAGCUUUGGAUCUUCGAGCGGCCCGCCGAUGCUGUCAACGCUGCACUAGCAGCUCGAGAUGCCUGUCGGAAUGCGGGUAUUGGGAUGCAGGGCUGGGGCGUCGACAGCGGCGACUUGCUCAUCAUUCCUGGCACGGACGUACAUUGGGGCGAUGCUGUGAAUACAGCAAGUAAGCUGGGACAGGAUCUAGCUGACGAAAACAGUAUCCUGAUCACGCCCAAAGUGAGAGAUGCAUGUCGUGGUGAUGGGAGCCUGAUGCAGCUUCAGAUGCUCGGCCGAUCAGCGCGGCGGGAGGGCUGUGUAGCGUCUUUGGUAGUCUCUAACAGCCCAUCCGGGAAAGUGAAGACGGUCCAUGGAGCAAGCCGCGAGCCAGACGAGCAGAUGCAGGAGGUGCAGGUCUCCCUGCGAAGUGCCGACGGGCAUCGGCGCGGAAGCAGCGUCGGCAGCACCACGCGACCCAGACGCAGUGCGCAGCAAGGUGCAAAGUCCCAGGGCCAUGCUGCGACCGCAACAAGCUGGAACGACCUUGCGACGCUCUCUCCACAGGUACUUCUUGACCGCUUCACCAAAGGCGUGGAAAAGGGUCGCCAGCUGAGGUCGCUCCUGGUGGGACAAUGGAAAGGAAGCACCGUGCAUGCCAAGAGCUCAACUUGCACGGGAUCUGCCGGAGCAGGUGUGAAUGACUGCCUACAAGUCAGUUCGGAGAGGAGGAGCCUUCCCGUCGCGGAGGGCAUGAAGAAGCACCUCACAGCCCACCUCUGCGCAACUCGGAGUCUGAGGGCAAAGAAGAUGCAGAGUGCCCUCCUGAAGCUCCCGGGUGCGAUGCCGGGAAGGUGGGCCCUCUUCGCAGAAGAUCCGUCCACAGCUUCCAUGCAAGUCGUAGAAGUGGAAGUCAGUCUCGCCAGAUCUUUUCCUGAUCCCUUUGGCUACGGCUCCAGAGUCCAGGAUCAUGGACACGGCAAAUGA